AUGCCGAGAACGACUACACCGCUCUUGGCGGCAAUGAUGAAGGGAAGCGGCCCGGCAGACUUUGGGGCCGAGCCGGCUGCCGAGGUGGCCAAGGACCCGUACAUGGCCUCGCCAACCACAUCCCUGCACCUGCCGUCUAUGGGAGCGGCCAAGAGGACGAGAUCGCGAUCUGUGUCCAGGCGUACGCCUGUCAAGGAGCAGGGACGCAAGCCACAGGCCAAGCCACCCACUGGCCCAACUCUGGGCGAGAAGCUGGCAGAGGCCAGGAACUCUCAGGUGAUCGAUGCAGAUGCCGACAUCGACGAGGACGAGCUUGUGGCGAACCUUGGCCAGGCGGAGGUAGCAGACUCGGUGAUGGGUCGAGAUCUGCCAGUAUCAUGCUAUGAGUGCUGGUGCGGAAGCCAUUGGCACCUGAUGGCCCACUGCUAUGUGGGAGAUGUUCGGCCUUUGGGCAUGGACAAUGAGGAGGCUGUGCUACCACUGCGAAGUAUGGUGGUAUGGUCUAUGGUGUACUGGCAGCUGGGCGAUCUUGUGCUCUCUGCUGCUGGCCCAUGGAUGCCAAGUGCUUUGGAAAAGGCCAUUUGCUGUACCGAGAAAGGGCGGCGAAACACUUGGACCCACUGGCAUAUAGAUGUGCUGGACUCCCGCCCCUCUACAGCGGCGGACUUCUACCAGCACAUGUUCAUCCUGAUGGACCUGAACCGCUACCACGACCUGAUCCAGGUCCGGUACUUGUACAAGAAGCGCAGCGAGACCCUGAGUGUGGAUGUGGCGUACGAGUUCCCGAUGUCGAUGGAGCAGGUCUAUGACGUGGCCAGGGACAGCAGGAAUGCCAUGGCACAAACCUGGCUGAAGUAUGUGGUGCCAAUUCAGCCUCAGCUCCAUGACGACUAUGGCUCCUUGAUGUUGCUCCCUGACUGGGUCAUUCACUCUGAUAAGUGUGGAGUUCUCCUAGAUGCCCGGGAUGCCAACAAGGAAAUUUUCGCCUACUACCAUACAGGGCCUUUGACCAGAUAUUCGGUCCUCCAGCAUGCUGAGUUCCCUCAAACUGCACCAGUUGAAGUGUUUGUUGGGGGAGAUCUGGCACCCUUGGGCCCCGCGGAGUCCCGGAGGCCAAGUCAAGGAAUCCUGGUAAAGAUCAUGCCUCGAGGCAUGACGCCUGUGUGGUCUGGAGUCCUGGAAGACCGGCUUCGAGAUCCAGACCAAUGGAACCCUCACCAGGAGCACCCACUGCCCGCAGACGUGAAGCUCAUAGCCUUCCAAACCGAGCAGGAGCAGCACUUGCACAGAGCUGUCCGUGGAACUGAGGAUACGCAGAGCACUGUUGUGGUCAGGGAGUUCGACAAGGUGGCUGGCUCCUUUUGGCUAAGGGCGCCUACGGAUCGCCCUCGCCGAUUGAACUGGUGUGGACUCCGAGUGCACACCAUUGUGGCGGUGGCAGAUACAGCUGAGCACCCACGGCCUGGCACCCAGAUUGUCUUCGUUGAUCUUCGGGGAAUUGGAGUGUGGCCGCAGUGGGUGGCGGUCCAGAACCACCGUUUUAACCCUGGGCGUUACGUGGAGGCCCUCCAGAUUGAGGUCGUUGAAGGCUACACGGUCGUCGUCUACGGUGGAAGACAGGUUGGUCGCGAAGGUGACCUUCAUGUUGAAUAUGGUGACACCGUUGAGGUUGCUUUGCGAUGCGUGGUAGACUUAUCUAAAUUCAAGAGCCAUGCUCUGGAGGGCAAGUUGGCUAGGGGUACGGUAAGACGGGGGCAGGGGUACGGUACGACCGGGGCGGGGGUACGGUACGACCGGGGCGGGGGUACGGUACGACCGGG